AUGGCGUGUUGGGAUGACGCCAUGUUUGUGGAUACGCUGCGGUCAGACCACCCCGCCCGUUGCGCCAUCUGUCAAGACAUCAUGUGCGACGCCAUUCAGUGCCCGAAUCAACAUUGUUUUGGCAAAGAGUGCCUGGAGCGAGCGCUGCAGUACAACCCCGAGUGCCCCACGUGUCGCGAGCCAUGUCCUCCCGAAAAGCUCAAGCCAGCCCUCUUUGCGCGUUCCGCAAUUGCACGUAUGAAUGUGCGAUGCCCGCGAAGGGACGAGGGCUGCCCUGAUGAGUUUCAGCUCGCUGACCGUGAAGCGCACGAAAUGAACUGCGGUUACGUCAAGGUUUCAUGCCCCCAUUCUGGAUGCAAGCGAUCUGUCCUGCGAAAGGAUCUCAACACUCACGCACUCAAUUGCGAGCACGCCACGGACCAAUGUCACGUUUGUGAUGAGGUCAUGCCUCGAUCCAAGGUUGCUGCGCACUCUUGCUUUCGUUCAGUUGUGACACGCAUGGGUGCGCUCGAAGCACGACUGACAGCUCUGGAGCUGCGUUUGGAGUCGAAUAUCCAAGUGCAGUCCGACAAGACGGCGCCACAAACAGCGGAUUUACCGCCGCAACAACAACGCGAAGGCCACACCUCCUCCGAAGACAGCUCAAGCGUUCGUUCUCUGGGCCCACGACGCGCAACAGCCUGGCAGAGGCCUGAAUCAAGCCGGGGCUUGCAACGCAGCAUCUCGGGCUCACAACCCAGCCCGGCAGUUGCUCAGGUGGCGCGCCCCGCAUCAGUCACGUCGACGAUAGAUCUGGCUGCAGCCACGGGAGCCAUGGCACCUUUGAGCAACACUCGUCCUUCGGAAUUUGACAUUGUCAUUGCCGCCCCCGGCGUUUAUAACGGCUGCUUAGCCGACGGCACCUGCGGCUAUAUUAUGCGGGACGAACACGAUCAUCAGCCAUUUUCCGUGAGCAACUUGCUCGGCCAGUUUUGGUAUCGUGAGUCAGAGGUAUGUGCGAAAACCUUGGCCUUGCCUUGGUGCGACACGAGCAUCGUCAUCUUCACAGUUGCGCCCGCUGGUGACUAUACCCUUGUAGGUACAACUGUGGAUGCACCCAGGUGA